AUGAACGGAAAGCGGCCAUUAGACCAUAGCUACAUUGACUACUACGGAGUUACCUUCGACCAUCUCGUCCCAGCCGAUGAGUCAAACCCUAAAGUGCUGGCUAUCAGUAUUAUUAAAGUAGACGAUGAUGGAGGCUCUUUUGCCAACAAGCACCUCUUAUUCUCGGUGGAUCCGACAGAAUACACUGGGAAGAAAGUGCUCGCUGUACCAAGAUGUUGCCAGCGUAAGAAAGGCACGCAGGAUCAAAGAAGAAUAAACGACGAGGUAGUUGAGAGGGACAACAAGAUACGGCAGGCAGAUAAUGUAUAA